AUGGCCGCCACAGAUGAUGCCGACAACAACCUUCAGCCCAGUCUACAGCCUAUUGGCCGUCCGCUGGAUCUCGUACCAGUCCAGCUGAAGGAAGCUGCUCUCGACUCGCCCACUUUCCGCGCCGUCGCCGUGCAUUAUGCCAAUCAGGUCGAGGGCAUAGAAAGAUGGCUUCGUGACUAUGUCAAGCAGUCUCAGAAGUUCACCGACCGCUUCGCCCAGAUCCAGAAAGAGUUUGACAACUUUGACCAUUUCCCACCGCCGCCGCCGGAGAACCUCAGUCAGGCUGUUCUCGACCAUGACUACACCUUGCUGGCCAUCACGCGCUAUAGCCAGAACACCACUCACUAUUUGCAUUGGGUCUUCAACAACAUAGCUCGUUCACGCCAGACCCUAAUUGAGCCACUCUUGCGCUUCAUUGAUGGUACCGACAGUCCUCUACGUCAAUUCAACCAAGCCCGCAAGGCUCUGGAGAGAACUCAGGCCAUAUUUGACGCUGAGAUGACCAGAUAUCUUGCCCAGGCAAAGACAAAGGAGGCCUCUUCGCUUCGGGAGGACGCCUUCAAGCUGCAUGAGGACCGGAAAGCUUAUCUCAGGGCCUCCAUGGACUACUGCAUCAUGGCCCCGAAUCUCCGUAACUCGCUCGACCAACUGCUCAUCAAGGUUUUCUCUGAUCGCUGGAAGGACUUUCGUGGCUAUCGCGAUGCUACCUCCGCCAACUUCCAGAAGUGGGGCUCGGAACUGGAGCGCAUCCGUGGUUGGAGCAAGGUCAUGCAUGAGUCUGAAUCGGCCUUCAAACGCGAAUUGAUGCUUGCUCGUCGUCAGCUCGAAGACUCGGCAGAAACCAAAGCCCGCCCCUCACGUGAGAUGGAUGACUACGCUGUAUCCACUGUGCCAUAUCUGGGCUCUGGUGCCCCUACUUCGCCUGUCAAGCCCGUCUUCACAAAGCCCGAAAAACAAGGCUGGCUUUUCUUGAAGACCGUUCCUCCAAAGCCUGCCAGACCUUCAUGGUCACGACGCUGGUUCAUAGUGAAGAAUGGCAUCUUUGGCUGGCUAGUACAAGGUAGUAUAUCUGGUGGUGUGGAGGAAAGUGAAAAAAUCGGCGUUCUGCUCUGCAGUGUACGUCCCGCUGUUCAAGAAGAGCGCAGGUUUUGUUUCGAGAUCAAGACAAAGGACACAAGCAUCAUUUUGCAGGCCGAAACUCAAGGAGAGCUACUGGAGUGGAUAAAUGCGUUCGAGAGUGCAAAACGCAAAGCUCUCGAGGAGCCAAGAGGCACCUCUUCCACUCCAACCCCCGGUUCUGACCCUGCUUUCGCUAUCAGUCCUCCCGUUGAUCCAUCCUUUGCUGCGAAGCUGACUGAUAGUCUGGCUCAUUCAACUGACGAGUUUGGCGCUUCCUUAUCUCCAGCCGAACUCGCGUUAGCGAGCAGAAGUAGUUUUGAUGUCAACCCUUCAAGACGAUCGACCGUGGUAGAAUCUGAAGGUAGCCGAGAUACAGCUAACCGCAUCAUACAAAAGCUUGAUCUGCAUAGAAGAGCCACAGCGCUGUCUUCUGCAAAUCAGCCUUCUCCGGCUGGUGGUAUCGCUAGCUUGCUCUCAGCUAGCCACAGCAUCCUUCCCAUUGGUCCUGGCCCAGCCUCAAAUCCACCAAAACCAGGAGAACAUCACCGCUCAUUCACCAUGCCCGCGACAAGUAGUUUCGCUCCCGUCACUCUUGCGAACCCCCCUGCCCCUACCAAUCUCAGCCGAAGGGCUGUUGCGGUAAGUGGCCAACGUGUCUCAAGCGGCAGAUCUGAUACCUCAGCCAUGCCUAGCAGUCUCAUGGCGAAUCUUUGGGGUUCUUCCAAUUGGGUAAAUAUCAAUCGACUCGGCCGCGACGAACCGAAGUCUGGCUUGAUACCGAGAACCGCUGUGAAGCCUAGCGGUCAGUACCAUGACGAUAUGGCGAUUAUUGAGGGUAUGGAAGCACCAAAAGACCUGAAGAUCGCAGAGAUUGGGCCUAACGUGACACCGGUCCGAAUUUCCCACCGUAAGACUAUUAGUGCGGGCGAUGCUCUCGAUUCGCCGUCACACUCUCGCCUACAGAUUGCCCCUUGGGAGGAUCGCCAAACAGAAUACCCCGUCUCCUUGAAGACUGACGAUGUGCUUGUGCUCAAAGAACAUGACGCAGAGUUUCACGUUUUAUUCUCAUCUGUACCACGCUCCGAGAAGGUUGUUCUUGUCUUCACAGCAAUGUGGAAUCCGAAUGAUCAACAAGAAUUCCCAGGGCGCAUCUAUGUGACUACUGAGAAGAUCUACUUUUACAGCAACCACUUUGGCAUGGUUCUUGUUGCCGAGAUAAGCUUGUCGUCAAUCACAGAAGUCACUGCAGCUCCAGGACGCGAAAGUGAGUGCGACUAUCUGUUUUUACAUCUCAAGGAAAGCAAAACCGACUUCAGGCGUGUUACGGUCAAGACUUUCUUGGACGUGCUAAGGCCACUACAACGUAGGCUCGACUAUCUGGUGCAUUCUGCAAACUCGGGUGAUAGCACUUCGCUGGAAGAUGUAUUCGCAUCGUUCUCCAGGAUAGCAGCAGAGGACGUCAAGGAACAAUCCAAUCAACAGGACUGGGACGACGAUCUGAACUCUCCUACAGACAGCGAUCUCAGAGUCACAAGACGCCGUUCAAGAGAUCUGAGAGCAAAUCUGCGAAUUGAUGGGACUCUGUAUGGCGAGUCUGUAGCACGGACCGGCAGAGAAGUCACCAAGUUCAAGCUACCAUCUCAGCCCGUACUCUACAAACCAAAGGAUAUGGGGGAUGCCGUUAUUGCACAAGACUUCGGUAUCAGCGCAAAGGCCUUGUUCCACGUCAUGUUUGGCGACAGGAGCGCGGUCUUCCAAAUGUUGUACAAGAACCGCCCAAUUGACAAUAUCCUCCAAACUCCAUGGACGCAACCGAAAGACGGGCAAUUAGCGAGACAGCUGAUCUGCACCAUUGGCUCCGACCAAGAAACCGACAGACAAACUCUCGAUGUGUCCAAUGAUCACCUCUGCUAUGUUGUGACCCAAACACAAUCGCCUUGGCAUUUACCAAUGUCUAAAAGCUUCCUCCUACUCAGCAAGUUCGUUAUCACGCAUUCGGCGAAGUCCAAGUGCAAGCUUGCCAUUUUCAACAAAGUGGUAUGGAAUGGCGAUGCUGGCUCGAGUGAGACUCUUUCGCCAUCGCACCGCCUGGUACAAAAGCAAGCUCUACGCGACUACCAUGCUGAUGCUGUUGACCUAGCUGCUGUGAUUACAGAUCAGGUUGCGAAACUCGGCGCUCACAGCACAAAUAAAGCUGCACAGAUUUUUGGUUCAGUCGGCCAAAGUACGCAAACAAGUCAGGUCUCAGCAUCCGACCUGCCAACUACUUCCAUCAGUCGCACGAGACGGCGAGUCAAGAUCCGUACUCUCUACGAUCUCUACACCGACGAAGCGCUUGCUCAAGCAUUCCGUCUGUUCACUAUGUUGAUCGACAUCUUCAUCUCGAUCGCAAAAUCUGUUGCCGGUGCUGUAACAGCACACAAGAUUCUAGUCCUACUUCUUGCCUCUAGUGCAGCCUACAAUACUUGGUAUGGAUACCGAGAUGGUAUUGCAUGGUACGAUGAACGCAAUGCUGGCAAGGUCAUGGCCAGACUUGGUGUUAAGCCAGACCCUACUGUCACUAGAGCGGUAUACUUGAGCGAUAUCGAGGAGUUCGUCACUCCUUCCACUAUAAGUACUAUCAGAGUAAACCACACGAUCUCCGACGAGAGCGACCAAGGGUGGAACACGUGUCAUGGUACAUUCCACGAUAUGCUUGUUUCGUCCGAGCUCGAAGGCGAUGUCGAGUCCAAGGGCUCGGGCAGACGUUCAGAAGCAAGGCUUCAGCGGACGCGACAUUCUCUUGCGAGAUACCGACAUGAUCUGUUGGUCGCGCUUCGAGUUGUCAACCGAGUGGAAGAGGAGGUGGUCCAUGCCGAGUGGGAAGAUUGGGUGCUGGAAGAAGAAAAGAAGUGCAGCAAGGUCGAGACCAUGAUGCAAGAGCGCAACAAAAGUGGCGGGUUCGCCAAAGACCAAACGCAAGACGAUGAUGGUAGUGGACUAGGACAUGAGUUUGCGGAGUAUUGCCUCAGUUGUAAGAGUGAAGCGAGACAGAUCUUGUCGAGGAAGUAG